AUGUCCCUCUCGCACCCUAUAAUCUUCAACUCAGGCAUUUAUGUUGGAACGAUCUGCAGAUGGAAUCCGACCACGGGAGACACCUCCCAUCCCAUGGCAAUAUACAGCCGCAAGGAGAUCUAUGUCGGCCGGGAUCCGCGACGAUGUCAGUACGCCGUCGAAGACCCAUUCGUUUCGAAUAAGCACCUAUGGAUCUAUACCGUCAUCUUCGACCAGGAGAACCCCGGAGAAGUCGCACCGUUGGUGUACGCUCAAGAUAUCUCGAUGAACGGCACACUUUGGAACGGGUACAGAAUGGGAAAUGGGCGCAGCAGCUUUCUGCUUAGCGAUGGAGAUAUCCUCCGUCUUUCGGAUACGGUGUAUCUGAAGUAUAACUCUGAGGACCAUUCGCAGGCGAAGUGCUUUACUGCGAGGCAGGCCGUUGAGAUGAGAGCCUUUGCAAAUGACUACAUUGUGACGAGGCAGAAACUCGGUUCCGGUUCCUACGGGCAGGUUUUCAUGGCGUUCAAGAGAAACACUGGGCAGCAAUUCGCUUGCAAGAUCGUCGACCUUCUGGCCGUUAAGCGGAAGCUGGAACGCUUGAAGGAGGCGAAAAUACUCGAUAAGCCCGUAAAGCAGGUGUUCCGAGAGAAGGUUGAACUAUAUCUCCGCGAGGCAACCAUCCUUCAGAGACUACAGCACCCGAAUAUUAUAGGCCUGGAAAGAGUAAUCAAGAGUGAUAGUACGAUUUACAUGUUUCAAGAUCUCGUCACAGCCGGCGAUCUCUUCUCAUACAUACAAUACAAAGGGGGCAACCUACCUGAUAUUGAAGCAGCAGUUAUCGUCCGCCAGGUUGUGAUCGCCCUCGAAUUCCUGCAUGAUCAGAAUGUUGUUCACAGGGAUCUAAAGCCUGAUAAUAUUCUCAUGACCUCCCGAGCAGAUGGAUGUAGGGUUGUGCUUACUGAUUUCGGCUGCGCUACUUUGAUUGAUACUGACUCGGCAAGGAUGUCAUCGAUGGUUGGGACCAUGGAAUUCUGCGCUCCCGAGGUCGCAAAAGUAGGCGAAGGAGGCGGCUAUACAAAAGCCGCAGAUCUAUGGUCUCUGGGAGCUCUGACUGCAGUUCUUCUGACGGGCGAGUCCCCGUUUGACGAUAUGCGCUGGGGCUGUAUUACGAAUGAGGGAAAAGUGACCGGUUUAAUGACCCUAAAAGCGAGGCUUAAACGAAACAAAGUGGGCGAGAGGGCGCAGGAUUUCGUGCUGCGGCUGUUAGAACACAUCGUUGCUAAACGUAUGGAUGUCAAAGAAGCCUUGCAACAUGCGUGGUUCACGAAUCCCUCACACAGUGCUGAUUUCGAGGCCCUCUACAAGCGAUCGAUUCGGGACGGGCGCCACGCACGGCGAGCUCCAAGUCGCCACGAAUUGUUCCACUUGAUCUCUACCACGGACCCUACGGCAGUCAAACUCAUGGUUCUCAAUCGCAAGUACUCGCGUCGGAAGCAGGUGGCCUUUACCACGGGCAUUACGGCACUCAGCCCCAGGGAUCUCACUCGCAAAAAGAAACCAGUUCAAUAG